CAUGCGUGGGGAGGUUGGGAUUUUGCAAGUCAGGAUAGUUGUUUGCCGCUGUGGGUUGUUCUUGGGAAGACUUUGGAGUAAGUGAAGUAUUAUUUUGCUUCCUUGCCCGUGGAAGCACAGUUGCAGUAGGUGGGCGAUACCUGGGAUAACAGUCUUGUGUUUGGUGGUCAUUCAAAGUGUUUGGUGGAGUUCUGAGGAGCAAAAGCGGCUUGUCAAAAAACCUGGUGUACUCUACUAAAGCACAUUUUCCUUGGUCGCCACGUGUGUUGGUUGGUAGGGAAAUUGGUUCAGUUCGGAGCAAAAAAACUCUUUGAAUAUUACCACAGGGGUUUCUGUGUUCCAUCUGGAUUGCUUUAUGACCGAUGCUGGCCAAACUGUAUGGCAGUCUAGGGAAUUUACUGAAGUAUUCGCCAAAGACAAGCCCCGAAACGCCAGCUUCGUCCUUGAAUCUGUCACUGAACUGUUUUCUGUUUCACAACCUUGAACAGUGAAAACAUUAGUACUUGUACAUAAAACUUCUGCUUUGAAGCUUACGGGACAAGAGAGUUCACAUAUCAUUUCUAUUCUGAAGUUGUAUUCCGUAUGAGUUCUGAAAUUACGAGUACAACUGGUGAGAUUCCAACAACUCUAUCGGAGCCGAUUGAACAGGUUACCAUUAAUUCUACAGAUGGAGUAUUGAACCCCAAUGCUGCAGUUUUUGAUAGUUUUAGUUUGAUGACCUUGUCAGAUAAAAGCCCUGCCUCAGAGACCUCACCACUAGGCGUGCCUACAUGGCAGGAUAACCCUGAGAUUCCACAAAGUCCCAUUGCCAUGUCUGCUGAAAUGAUAGACACCCUCCAGUACAGUCCUGAGCCAGCUGUAAAUGGCUAUGGCCCUUACACCAGCCCUGGCGUGGCCCCAGAGGUGGUCCAAGGCCUGCAAGACAUGUCACCUGACAAACUACCUCGCAGUGAUCUCAAAAAUCUGCUUCAGCACCAGCUUGAAUAUUAUUUUUCCAGGGAAAAUUUGUCUCGUGACACAUAUUUAUUGUCUCAAAUGGACAGGGACAACUAUGUGCCCAUCUGGACUGUGGCAAACUUUAACCAGGUGAAGAAGUUGACUAAAGACCUGGAGUUAGUCAAGGAAGCACUAAGAGAUUCCCCUCACCUUCAAGUGGAUUCACUUUGUGAGAAAGUGCGAGCUAAUAUUAAGAGGUGUAUUGUUGUGCUGCGAGAAAUCCCAGAAACCACACCAAUUGAAGAGGUGAAAGCGCUGUUUGCUGGCGAAAAUUGUCCCCAAUACCAGAGCUGUGAGUUUGCUCUCAAUGAAUACUGGUAUAUACAGUUUGAGACAGAAGAGGAUGCACAAAAGGCAUAUAAGUACCUACGGGAAGAGGUGAAGACCUUCAGAGGAAAGCCCAUCAUGGCAAGAAUAAAAGCCAAACCUAUGCAUCAAGCAAACUUUGUUCCAAAAAAUGCAAGGAUAUCGCCGUCUUCUCAGUCACAGACACCACCUGUUGUAGAGCCACCUGUACCCCCACCCACCCCUCCUCAGGCACUGUACAACCAAAGGCACUUCCAGUUUCCUCCUGUUCAGCCUUUGUUUAAUGGACAACAGCCAUUCCAGUACUACCCAGCCCAUCCAGGAAUGAUGACUUGGCCACCACCAGGACAGCAUGUGUACCAUGAUCCACAUGUGUCUCCAAGUUUUCCCAACAAUGGUUUUGGUCAUGGACCAAUGAAGGCUCCCCGUGAAAUUCCGGGAAGUAGUGCUAUUCGUCAUGGAUACCAGUUGAACAGAACAAGAUUUCAAAAUAAGCCACACCACCGAGAUCAGCCAUCUGGUGACAGGCCAGAAAGAGACUCAAACAGAACACGACCACAGAGUGCAAAUGGCUCGUCCAGCCACAGCCCUUUGAAUAACCCGCCAACUACAUCCUCACCUGGUAAUGCCAGCAGUAGUGGUAACAGUACAACAAGCCCAUCAAAUACUAGGGAUGGCCAGGUGGCCAGGAACAGUGUGCCAUUUAGAACAAGGGAAGCAAGAGAAUCUGAAUUUACGAGACAAGGUAGAAGACCAGUAAGGCAAAGGAGAGGAAGCAGUGAAGACAUUAGUCGACAUAAUCGACAGAAAGAAAACCGUGAGAGUCCUGUGCGGCAUAGUAAAGAUGAUAGUGACACGUUAGACCUCGCACCCUCAUCAUUUCCUCCUCUACCAGCCUCCCCUCUCACGAAGCAGCCGAUUGUCUCGGCCAAAGACUUCCCAGAGAUCAAGGCAAAUGCAAAACCUCAAACGCCUGAGAAGCCAAUGUGGAAGAUACCUGUUGCUACCCUGACAAACCCUCCACUGGCUAAGCAAGAGGCUCCACAGCCAAUUAAACCAGCCGAAAAGCCACCAAAACCAGCAGCUGCCAAGGAGCCAGUGCCAGUCAAGCCAGAGCCUAAACCAGAAACCAAGCCAGAAGCCAAGCAAGAAGCCAAGCCAGAAGCCAAGCAAGUAACAAAGCCAAUAGUACAGGAAGAGGCACCUCGUACCCAGGCAAUACCCAAACCAGGCGAGAGGAUGAGUUAUGCACAGAUGGCUGCACAAAAGGGACCCAAGCCAGCUGCGAACCCCCAACCUGCUAAUGUCCAGACCAAAUCACCUGGCAAAUGAGCUGACUAAGGAAAAUACCAUGAACCCUGACACCCAAUGACCCGUAUGAGCAGCUAUACCUUAGCCCUUGUAGGCUAAUGGACAAGCGACUUCACAGGGAAGACCAGAUUUUCUAUCUUCUUUCUUCAAGGGAUAGGGUAAUAUGUCACAUGUGAAACUGUGUUGACAUUAGUUAUAACAUGUUACCUGAUGGUGUUGAUGCAUUGGACAACCUCAGAAUUAUGAGUUCUAAAUGACCUGUUAAGGUGGGAGAAGAAGUUAUGUGCCUCAGUAAUGUAUGAGGAAGAUGUUGGGUGUUGCUACACAUCCAAGAACAAUGGUUAAGUAAGUGUUGCUACAUCCCAGAAGGGCAGUUAUGUUGGCUAGUGCUAAAUACAUGACGAUGGAUAUGUUGGCUGGUGCCACAUUCCAGAACAGUGGAUGUGUUCUUUUUGACUACCCACCAUACCAGUGGAUAUGUAGGUUGGUACAACAUGCCAGAUUGAUGGAUAUGCUGGCUGGUGCUACAUCUAAGAACUUUGAAUACUUUGGGUUCUGCUGCAUACCAGAACAUUUUUAUCCCAGCCUAUUACAAGUUAAAAGACAACUGGCAUUGCAACCUAAAACAUGGGUGUUGUAAAAACAAGUGGAAGACAUUUUUCAGUGUUUACUAUGUUUAUACAUGACCCUGGGGUAUUACCUGGGGUAAUGUAUGUACAUGCAUGAUAGAUUCUGCUUGGCAAACUGUCAGUUACUAUUAUAAAACACUACAAAAUCACUGGAAACUGGAAAGCGUUUGGGAUAUAUCUAAAGACAUCCCUGGAUGGAAAAGAAACAUUGAUCUUGAACAAUGGAAAAAUUAUGUUAGACUGACCGAUGGCAAUUGACUUGCAUAAUCAUAUGAACAAAAAAUACUAAGAUGGGCCGAGAUGGGGAGCUUCAAGGAAUCACAUGCCUUAUUCUACAAGCUAGUUCCCUGCCAUUGUUGACUAUGGGCAAUUGUACUCCACCUGUAUGUUUGAAGGUGCAGGUAAUCGUAUAUACUUCAGAGUUAAAUUUAGUUUUUUUUGGCGGGGUGUGAGGAAGGGAAGAGCUAUAUUUGCCUACACAUCAACCAGUAUACACAUAUACACCUGUUCAAAAUAAAUUCAGUGAAAUGGCGAUUGAUAAUAGGCACUUGACACAUACGCACAGCCGAAAGGAACCAUGGGACCAUAUAUUCUACCAAAUUAACAUGUAAGCUUGAACGUGUAAGAAACAUGUUGAAACAUGUAAGCUUGAACGUGUAAGAAACAUGUUGAAACAUGUAACAUGUAAGCUUGAACGUGUAAGAAACAUGUUGAAACAUGUAAGCUUGAUAAAGGUUAUUAAUGUAUUGUCCAGUCAUCGCUGGAGUUAUUUUAUCACCAAAAUCUUUCGAAUAGUUAUAACCCAUAAGCUCCUGUCCGUCAUAUUUGCCAUUUGACAUUCGCUGUUUGCACUGACAAAUUUGAUUGAAAUAUGUGUAUUCCCAGAGUCUCAAAAAUGUUUCGAACACAUAACCCUAGCUUGAACCUCUGGACUGGCUCCAAGUCGCACUUUAAGUUAUUUUGAAAAGAAAAUGUGAUUACACAUGUAAUCAUAUAUACAGUAGAGUAGUUUAAGCAAUGUGACCAACCCUUGGGAUUAUCUCUGAUAUCCCUAUCAGUAGAAUUUCAUUCUAUUGUCUGCAUCCACCUUGAAACCAUUAUAAAGGUAGUUAUGACUUUAUGUAUUACUCUACACUUCCCUGCUCUAACUGAAAAUGAUUUUGUAGCGAAAAGUAACAGACUAAAGUCACUGGAAUUCUAUGGCUAAAUUCGUUUGGCCAAAAAAAACUAUUCUAACAGCUUUAAAACGUAUCCAACCAUUUCUUAUUCUUAUAUUAAAUGAGCACCAAAAUUUUGUUCAGCCUAUAUUUCAAUUGCAUAAACAAAAUUAAAUAAGUUGCAAAUAAAUUAAGUUCAAGUCAAAUAUUCACUUUAUGCCGUGGGGAUACUGCAGUAUUUUUUUUGUCAGCAAAAGUGGGUAAAAUUAAAAUAAAGGAUCAAGAACUAGUGAUUGCUCAGAAAAAAAAAGAAAAAAAGAUGCUGAAAUUUAUGCUGAUAAAUAUAAAGGCUUGGACAUAGAUAUUGAUAAUACAGUUGUGGGAUGCCACUCACUGAACUCAAAGAUUGUCGAAAAAGACAUUGAAAAGGAAGGUCUAUCCUGGCCGUGAUGAGCAGGCCCACUUGUGAAAUUACAUCUUGGCCCCCUGUUUCUGCAACCUCUAUAUAACAAACACCCUUGAGACCGAAAAUGUAUCCACUAUGCGGUGAAACCUUGAUAUAACGGACACCCUCGGCACCGAGAAAUGUGUCCGCUAUACAGUCGAACCUCGAUACAACGGGCGCCCUCAGGCCCAAUGAAAUUGUUUGCUAUGUAGUGUAACCUCUAUAUGACGGACACUCUCUGAACCUAAAAAUUUGCCAGUUUUAUGGAGGUGUUUGUUUAAUGGGCGUUUCGUUUGAUUUUGAAAUCUGAAUUGUAUAGAAGGUAUCCGUCAUAGAGUUCCCAUGGCAAUACAUAUAUCAGCGCGGUGCUAAAAGCAGCGUGUUUAUAUGUCUACAGUAUUCGUUGCCCAGUUGUUUAAAGGGCUAAAAUUGUUGUUGAGAGGGUGCUUUGUACAUUGAGAUUCCUGGUUUGCUUAUGCUCACUGAUAUGAGCCUGAGUACUAUGUACAGAAUACUAUAAUUGACUAGGGAGGUGUUAUUUGCUAUAUUUAAACCAACGAGCAUUUGUUUUCUAGAUGGAAAGUGUAUACUUUAUCUGAUCAUUUUGAAAUUGAGUAAUGUAUGCACGUCAAAACGUGUGCGAUUCCAGAAGUACAAGAUACGGUUAAUUUUACAUAUUACAAAAGAACAUUUAAAAGGAAUAAAAAAGAAACCAAUAACUUACUCGCUUUCCAGACAUUGAACUAUUUAGUGCCACACAGCGUGUUGUAAAAGUAGCAGUGUGCUGGGAUGAGAUGCAUGUGUUUGGCCCUCUAUGGGCUGCUUGCAACUGAAACACCCAUCCCAUCUAGUAAGUCUAGUCAAACUGGUUUGACUACACAAUAAUAGAGACUUUUUUGUCUUGUAACAUUCCUUAAUGAAGAAAUUGCGGGGUAUAAGUGUAAAAUAGCAAAGUAAUAACUACUGUAUUAUUGAGUGGGUUUUGUAAUGUCAGUCCCCAUUUGUUUUCCAAGUGUUAAUUACUGCAUGACUGUUUACUGCGUCCGCCAUGUGCGCUGUAUUCAAAUCACCUCUCCUUGUAUAUGAUGAUUUAGGCAGCACAACACCUCUACAAUUCGAGUCGUAGAGUGUAAAUCAGACUACGAUUCCGAAUAGUGUGUAAUUCAGGACUAAGACAUGUCGUAGGCGGGUUGCAUACGACUAAAUCGUGCUGUCUGAAUCAGCCUUAUUGUAUAGCGCAGUCACUUGGCUCUCGACGUGGACUUGGCGAAUGUGAUUGGCUUAGUUGUUGCUAGAGGUUACUAUGUGGACACAGUAAGAGAGCCAUGCUGAGCCACUUUACCAAGUAAGCACGAAUGUGCAUUGGAUGUUUUCAAAUGGGAUUAAAAGUUGAGUAAAAGUAGUUAGCAUGACCCAAUUUCUGUGUUCUUAUUGUAAAACAUCAAUAUGUAAAGUCUACCACUGUGCUGUAAUGAAUAUCAUGUCUUGCGUGAGAAAGAGUGACUCACAGUUUAUUAACCGGAAUGUUGCGGGCGGUCUAAGCUGAUGUGGAGUAACCACCACUUUCUCUGAUACUCAGGUCAACAGAAGAAAUUCCAUAACACAUUCUUGUAAGCCUCCUUUUGUCUGAUAUUUUGCAUCUUGGUUAUUCUGUGAAAUGAAGGGGGGAGUGGUGGGAACCCCAAAGAAAGCAUUUUUUUUUCUCUAAGUACAUACUAAAGACCUAGCCAAAGGUAUUUAUGACUUUAAGACUUGAUGGUCUUUUCACAAAUGCACUACAUCAUCAUAAGGAAUAUACUUUUUACUGCAAAAACCUUCGGAAGUCUAAAUAUCUGACAUUGCUGUGUUUGAGCUAAUCGCUUGCAACUUCCUCAGAGAUAAAUGUAUUUAGAAGGAUCCCGUCAGACAUAUUCUUGAUCUAUUCGGCCCAACACUUAUUUCCACUCAAAGAAACAUUAUUCUUGGUCUGUUCAGUAUUGUUGGUGUCACAAAGUUCUUGGAUUUAGUUUUGUCUGCCUUUUGGCCUCGGUAUAGAGUUUAUGACUGACUGGUUCUUUAACAUGUACCCUCGCUCUUCCAAGGGUGCCUUUAAUAUUGCGUUCCCCUUUACCUUAGUUUUGAGCGACUGGAUAUAAUCAAGGAGGUGUUAAUUAAGUAAAAGGUUUACUUAAAACCUUCCUGAUCAUAUAAAGUAAAAUGAACAUCUGGGUACUAACUGUGCUUUGAAAAUUGUUAUGUAAGAGGUAAAAAUAAAGUAUAUUUUGUG